AUGUGGAGUUGUAGCCCCAAAUUGAAGGGCAAUGCUCUGACAUACAAUGUGAUAUUUAGAUUUCCAAAUUCGUCGUUUAGUUGCGAAAAGUUGAUUUUCGGUUCUGCAAGUUAUCUUUUCAAGCAAAUAUUCGAUGCUGUUGAAUCUGACGGUAAUCUCGGAUGUUUGCUUUGGCCUGCAGUAAAGGUGUGCUCACACGCCGGCAAUAUUCUUAUCGAUCUCGAAGAAGCACCGGAAGCCUUUGAAGCCAUUCAUCAAUAUCUUCAUGAUCCUUCAUUUGAAAUUGAUUUAUCUUUCCUACCAUCGGUGUGCAAAAUCGCCAAAAAAUACCAAUUUUACGCUUGGCGUACUUUUGGCGAAAUCUUAGCGAAAUCUAUCUCCUUAGAAAAUAUUGGAGGCAAGUCGAAGCAAAUUUGCCCUCUUGUCAUCUUGUCCCCUGACCAAACCAAUGCUAGUUCGUUCAUCGAGGACGUUACAUCACAAGAACUGGCCGCAGCGACUCGAUCUUUUCUUACCUCCAACGCUGACGCCAUCGCUUCUUCCCAGACAGGUCAGCUGUCUGCUCGUCUCUUCAUUGACGUGAUUGAAGGUCUCCAAAGCCCUCAGCAUGAGUCUUCUUACGACGUUGGGCCUUUCAACGACACUGACGAUUGGAUUCUUUCGGAAAGGGUUCUCUUUUACUGUUCUCGGCGAAUUCAAGACAGAGAACCACUGGAUGAGGGAAAUUAUGUCACUUUUGAGGAUAAGGCGGCUAGGAGAUUGAACAAUAAAAUCCAUGCUCCUGCUAGUGACACUGUCACCGACGAAAUUCGAACGUUAUUAUCCCAACUCUCACUCUCCUCCUCGGAGCUGGGAGAACAAGUUCAAGUCGCCGAGGUGGGUCGGCAAGUGAGCAGUGGGAGCGAGGCGGUGCUUGGAACCCCCUCACCGACGCCGCCGCUACAACCGAUGUCCCCACUCGCACUGCCACCUAGUCGAUCAGCCUUUUCUGCCGACAUGGAGACCUGUGUACUGGCUAAGACGUCACUCGGAGCCGGACCAAUCUCCAUCCACCUCGGCAAGUUGGAAGGUCGACUUGUGAGCAUUUCAAUGAAGCGACGACGUGCACCUUCAGGACCUGGCUCCUCUGCCUCCUCAUCAGUGGUGGGGGGAGGUGGUGCAGCGUAUUCCACGACAAUCUCCCUCCCCACAUCGAUCGUCCUGCCGCCUUCACCCCCACCGGUCAACACUUCAACCACCACCGUGGUUAUACCUUCCACGAUUUCUACUCUUGACGACCACUACCCGAAUGAAUGCUCCUCUUCCGGCUGCAUUCAUCGAAGAGGCUCUAUCCUGCGCUCCUUUGGUUGCCUUUCAACUCUCCUUCUGGAAUCUCGUUCCGCGGCUGGAGCUUGUACCAUCUACUCCACAAUUGAGGAUGGAGAGGAUGAAGCGAGUAGAACGGUGAGCCAUUUUAUCCUCAUCGCUGGUGGCACUUCUCACGAUCGGUGUCUUAAUUCGACUGAGAUUCUGCGCAUCUCACGACCUUUGAGCGAGGUGGAUAGCUUCGCGGAUCGGAGAGCCUCCGUGAUCAGUGCAAACUCAGACUUUGAGAGCGUCUCCAACUUCGGUGGUUAUGGGUCUGUCAGUUUGACGACGCAGUCUGGACCUGCGAUGCAUUCUUCACGUGGUCGGCUUGCCGUGGCUGCUUUGGAAAAAGCUUCUUGUGUCUACGCGUGUGGUGGAUGCGAUGGCAAUAAUGAUCUUGCUACUGUUGAAUGUCUCAGCUUCGACUCAAAGACUGAGCAUUACAAGAAGUGGCGUUUUGUGAACAGUAUGCAACAGGAACGUAGCUGUUGUGCUGUUGCCACAUUGGCAGAUGAGUCACGAAUUGUAGUCAUGGGCGGCCAAUGCGAAGGUUCUCCCCUGUCAAGUGUUGAAGUUUACUACCCCGAUUCGGACAAAUGGCUCAACUUACCGCCCAUGUCCGAGGCUCGAAGCCAACUAUGUUCAGCGUCCUUGAGCCAAAUAAACCUCAUUGUGGCAGUGGGUGGGGUCAGCGAGACGGCUAGUACCCCCUCAACUCAUCCUUUCAAUACCUCUAUCCCAAACGUGAUCGAAUGCACCGAAUUCUCUCCCUCCGGUGAGGCCUACGAUCCACGUUGCGCUCACUGGAUCCAUCUUCCUGAACUCCUCAGCCGGGGUCCUCUUAUUGGCGCCGCCUUGGUUCCCCUCUCUCCCUCUUCUGGUCGCCUCCUUCUAAUCGGUGGUUCAGACGGUCUUUCCACCUUAACUCAGACCCAGAUCUUUGACUCGCGUACUUGGAGCUGGCUACCGGGGCCGUCUUUGUCGAUUGGUCGAGCAUCGCCAUGUGCUGUAUCACUCACACCACCUUCAAUUCAAUCAACAAUGGCCGUAUCCUCGGGGGUGCCCUGCAUUGCUGUGAUUGGUGGUUACAAUCUCUCCGCCGGUGGCUUCCUCAACUCCGUGGAGAUUGUCGGGGUAACAGGUAGCUCAGGACAGAUUUCACCGCUCAAUGUGCCUUCUAGUACCUCGCCUAAGGCCUUUACCUUUGCACCCGUCCCUGGAGUUUCCGCCGGGAAUACCAUGACUCCUCUUCGCAUUCCGGCUCAUCACGAUACCUCACCCCCUGUCUCACCACCACCCCCAUCUCCAUCCCGAGGUGAGGAACAGACUGGCCACUCACCAGUGAUCCAUCUCACUGAAGGCGAGAUGUCGACGAGGAGGCGGUCAUUGAAUGAACAGACGGAGUUGAAAGUCAAUAUGGCGUUCGGACCAGGCCAGAAGCCUCCUCCAGUUCUUCCCUGCGUCAGCAGUGCUUGUUUCACCAUACGACCAUGGCUUCCACGCUCAGUGGAAGCACAAUCCACUCAGUUACAGAUGUCCACGUUGAGAAACAAUGUGCCCGACUACUACGGCAGAUCCAUUCCAAAAAAAAACCUCCUUAGUGAGGACUACGAGGAUCUUUGUCGGAUCUGUGAGCUUAAAGAGGCUUUAGACAAGAUCACUGACUGUAGUGGAUACGGUGAGACAAAGUGGCAGACCUCGUAA